CACCGCACCAGACGCACCGAUAAAAAUGUUUACAUCGAACGUAUUACAUUUAUACGUACUUGUAUUUCUAUUUCUUAUCGCCCAAGUGCAAAGUGCUAAGAAGAAAAAAAGUUAUGUGGAGUUGAAAUCGUGUGAUAACUCGGCCAUUGCUGCAGAAAUAGCUUCUUAUGAUUCUGUUGUGCAAGAUAUUGUGGACUAUGUUAGGACGGGACCGUUUAAAGGAAAAACUUUUGAAGAACUCUCAAAGUUCGUAGACACAUUUGGCGCUCGGCCGUCGGGGUCAGAAGUGUUGGAGAAGUCCAUCGACUACAUGAUACAACUGGCUAGAAAUGAAGAUUUAAAUGACAUUACCACUGAAGAAGUAGAGGUACCCCAUUGGGUUCGAGGAGAAGAAAACAUAACCAUGCUAGAACCACGAGUGAAAAACAUAGUGCUCCUAGGCUUGGGGCGAAGUGUGAGCACACCACCAGAAGGAAUCACAGCCGAGGUUAUCGUGUUCAACGAUUUCGACGAACUUGAGAAUGCAACAAACGAUGAAGUCGCUGGUAAAAUAGUACUAUUCGAUCCCGAGUUUACAACUUAUGGCGAAACUGUAGUUUACAGAAGUCAAAGUGCAACCAAAGCGGCUGCCAAAGGCGCUGUAGCAUCACUUGUUAGAUCAAUAACACCGUUUUCCAUUAAUACUCCUCACACUGGAUCACAAGACUAUGGUGAUGGUGUAAACAAAAUUCCAACGGCAGCUAUCACUCUUGAAGAUGCUGAUUUGAUACGAAGAUUAGUCGAUCGUGAUGUAAAAGUCAAGUUGAAUAUCAAAAUGCAAUCCACAUUAGAUACUAAGACAUCGAGAAAUACAUUGGUAGAUGUUAAAGGCACUGUUCUUCCAGAGAAAUUAGUUAUUGUUUCUGGUCAUAUAGAUAGCUGGGAUGUUGGUCAGGGUGCUAUGGAUGAUGGAGGUGGCUUAUUCAUUAGCUGGGCGACACCUGUGAUUCUAAAAAGGCUAAACUUAAGGCCUAAAAGAACGAUAAGAUCGAUAUUCUGGACUGCGGAAGAACUAGGUCUCGUCGGCGCUUACGCUUACGAAAAGCAACAUAGAAAUGAGAGUGAUAAUAUUAACUUUAUAAUGGAAUCAGAUGAGGGAACAUUUGCGCCGCUUGGUUUGGCGGUAGCUGGUAGCCAAAAAGCCAGAUGCAUAAUUGGCGAAAUCUUGAAGCUUUUUGAAUCUAUAGGAGCUUCAGAGCUGGUUGAAACCGAUAGUCCUGGCUCAGAUAUAACGGUUAUAACUAAUACUGGCGUACCGGGAGCUAGUCUUCACAACGCCAAUGAAAAGUAUUUCUGGUUUCAUCAUACCGAAGGUGAUACGAUGAACGUAGAAGAUCCUGAUGAGUUAGAUCUGUGUGCAGCGUUCUGGACUGCGGUGGCUUAUAUUAUUGCUGAUAUAUCUGAUGAUAUACCACGAGCUUAGACUUUAUCAACGAACGACGA